AUGAAGUCCCUUCUUAUACUCUUCCUUUUAGCCGUGCUAUUGGCUUUGGUCAUUGCUGAUUCAGAAACACAACACAAAGAAGAAUUACCCAAAGAAUUAACCUCUCUCCGAGGGGCCAAAGGCUUGCAUGGCCAUAAAUAUGGGCGUGGGUUCAUGACUUGUGAUAAAUACCCAAGAGUUUGCCGUGUCAAGGGAAGCCAAGGACCUGACUGUUGCCGGAAGAAGUGUGUGAAUGUGUCAACGGACAGAAACAACUGUGGUAAGUGUGGAAAGAAAUGCAAGUAUUCGCAAAUGUGUUGCAGAGGAAAAUGUAUUAACCCUAUGUUUGACAAGCACCAUUGUGGAGGAUGUGGUAACAAGUGCAGCAAAGGGAAUUUCUGCGUUUAUGGUAUGUGCAGCUAUGCGUGA